AUGGAUUCAGUACCAGACAAGCACAUUCGGAAUAUAUCCAGGUCUUCUCGGCCCCGCAGCUCGACAAGAGGUCCUUUAGAUGCAUCAGACGACCCUCUCUCUCUCCCCGAAACACCCACCUCGCCUAUCAAACACGAAUCAAUGCUUGCUGCCAACAACACCUUUUCUGGGUCAUCCUUCUACGAGUUGGAUCCGCUUGCGCCAGACGAUCUACCCGAAGGUUUAGAGAAAGACCUAUCGUUUUUACUCAGACAUAGCAACUUCCAUACCCUCUCUCAUCUUGACAUCCCUCCGCCACUACGAUCCGAAUUCCUUAUCCUCAACCCAGGGGAGCCUUUAUCAACUUCGCUAGGCACCCUCGAAAAGCUACUGGCCGAGGGUCGAUUCCUCAUUGCGGCCCAUUUCUCUGCUUCUAUCUUGACCUCGUCUUUAAUAUCUCCUACGGAUAUAAAGAUCAUCUUUUCCCUCUUCUACACGCGCCUAGCCAGCUUGGAUCUGUCGGGCAAUACAGUUCUUGCAGCACAGGAAUCGAAAGCCCUAGAAGAUUUGAGUUCAGCGUUCUAUUACAUCGAUCUCAAGCCUGAAUCAGCUGCGACCGAUAAUGAUAAAGACUCAGAACAUGAGCAAGAACAUGAACAAGAUCCUCGUCAUAUUGUUCCAUGGCCGCUUCGCGUACUGGCCGUUAGACUCCAGAGUAUAGGCUUUGGUGAUUCUCGCCGAAGUAUUGGCGGCCUGUACGAGAUCGGCCUGGAAGCGCGCCGAGAGAUCAUGAGAAGCGAAGCCACUGAAGAUGAGCGAGAAUUAUGGAAACAGCGAUUGGCAGAUCUUGGGAUUAGGGGUGUGAAUGCGCUUAUAGAGAUGGAUGAUUUCGAUUCAGCCAGGAGAUCGCUUGAUAACCUUCGGGCACCUGGAUCAGAGUCAAACAUAACCAAGUUGAGGAAGGCACUUUUGCUUUUGCGGAUUGGUGAACUAGACGCAGCAAGCCAGGUAUUUGGUGAUGCUAAUGAGACGAAAGAGGCUGCUUUAUUGAAGCCACUGAUAAGCAUGUCAGAUGGUCGCUUCGCCGAUGCAGUGACCGAGUGGCGCAUUCUUGGGGAGGAUAGGACAAGGACGGAUGGGGCUCUGGUAGCUCAGAAUCUGGCUGUGUGUCUUCUCUACACUGGACAACUGGAUGAGUCUCGUCAGCUCCUUGAGGCCCAGGUCUCAUCCAACCAUUCGUUUGGUAGUUUGAUAUUCAAUUUGUCGACGGUCUACGAGCUUUGUACCGACAGAGCGACUCACAUGAAGGGACAGUUGGCUGAUACGAUCUCAAAACAGCCUGUCACCGGACAGACCAAUUUAGAUCGGCCAAACUCAGACCUAAAGUUAUAA